AUGGCCAAGUUCCGCAUCCUCUACGCAGCUCUGUCUGCUCUGCUUCUGGGCUCUCAGUCAUGUUUAGCAGCCAACGCACCGCAAGGCUGUAAGAAGCUGCACACCGACGAUGACUGGCCCUCGAUCGAGGAGUGGCAGAAUGCGAUCCCCGGUGUGGCCGAGGAGAAUAACAGCGACAGCCAUGGUAGUUUGCCAGACUACCGCAUCCGUGCAAAGAGCUAUGCCGAUGUUCAAUCUGCCGUCAAGUUCUCUGCAAAGCACAAUAUUCGGCUGACGGUGCUCACGACCGGCCAUGAUGAGGUCGGGCGCAAUACCGCAGGGUCAGGUCUAAUCAUCGACAUUUCACUCCUGAAGAGUGCGAGAGUAUCAACGUCUUACAAUGCCACGGUGGACGGUGUGCCUAACCUCGAAGCCGACGAGGAACCGCAAGUUAUUGAGCCAUUGCCCGGUGCUCAAGCUGUUGUCACAUUCAAUCCGGCUUUCAAUGGAUUGGAGCUGAAUAAAGCUCUUGCGCAGUCCGACUUGUUCUACGUGGGAGGUACUUGGGCUGGAGUAUCAGCAGCAGGAGGUUUCGGCCAGGCCGGCGGAUAUGGACCUCUCACUGCCCAGUACGGCCUGGGCGUUGACCAGUGGCUCGAGGCCAAGAUCGUGACUCCGGAUGGUGAGCUCCUGAUCGCAAACGAAGUCUCCAAUCCCGAUCUUUUCUGGGCUAUUAGAGGCGGGGGCGGGGGCACUUUCGGCAUUGUUGUUGAAGCCACAUUCAAAACAUAUCCAACGAUACCCAUACUCUCCUUUCACUGGUAUAUCAACUCGACUUUGACUGUCAACGAGACAAACUCCGAUGGUCGCACACCAACCAGUGAAGCGAUGGCAUAUCUGUUCUCAGAGCUACCAGACCUCCACAGCAAAGGGAUCUCGGCCUAUUUCUUCGUCUUCCCCGACAACAUCAGGUGCCACGCCAUACACCCAGAUCACUUGGCCAAUGCUACUGACGCGAAUGAGAUCUGGGGCCCCAUUCUGACCAAGAUGCAGUCUUUCGAGGGCAUGACUCCGUUCCAGAGCAAGCAUUACCAUUACUCCAGCUUCAAGGACUUCUAUGAGACCACCUAUGGGCCCUCAAACGACCCCCCAGUUCCCGUGAGCCACGGCAAUGUUCCGUUUGACAGUCGCUUGCUGGGCCCAGACCACUUGCGGAGCCCUGACCUCACCAGUGCCCUCAGUGGAACAGGGGGAUCAUACGGUGUGUUGAUGGCUGGGCCAGGGAUGGCAGUUGGUGAUGGAAAGGAUACAUCUGCGAACCCUGGUUGGAGGAAAGCCACUGUCCUGAUCAAUGCCUUCAAAAGCAAUACUACAAACGCCGACGGGUUACGAGAAUUGGCGCCUGAUAUGGGGACGUACAUCAAUGAGGCUAGCAUUUACGAACCAGACUGGAGUAAGUCGUUCUGGGGUGAUAAUUACCCACGCUUAUCUACUAUCAAAGAGGAGAUCGACCCAGACAUGGUGUUUUGGGUAAGCCCGGGCAUCAACGCCAACUACGUCGAGGUAGUCGAUGGCAGAGUCUGUCGCGUCCAGCCUACUCCGCAAGAGCCGUCUCAAUACGCGCCAAGCAUGGAUAGAAUUGUCGAGGCCGAUCUAGAGAACGAUACUGCGUUUCUGUUUGGAAACCAGGAGUUGACCGGCAUUCAGUUUCCGGCCCCUGGGGACCUUGUUGGGCUACAUCCAUAG